UACGCAUGCGCAUUACGGCUGACCCCUCCGGUUUCUGCGUGCGGUGCCACGUUAGUAGCGGUAGACACAAAAUACCAGCUACUCUCCCAACCUGAAACAAGAUUAAAAGACAAAACGACGACCAAUUUCCCCGUUGAAUCGUACUCGUCCGUGUCUGCAGCAUUUGUCUCCCUUUCAGGAAGAACACUCGACGGCAACUAUGUUCAAGUUUUUGCUCAUCUGCACACUGGCUGUAGCCAGCCGGGCUGAGAUCGCCGAGGAAGAAGAUGUCCUGGUGCUGAAGAAAAGUAACUUCGACGAGGCUCUUCAAGCUCACCCAAACAUUCUGGUUGAAUUCUAUGCCCCCUGGUGUGGCCACUGCAAGGCCCUGGCUCCAGAAUAUGCUAAGGCCGCCGGCAUGCUGAAGGCCGAGAGCUCAGAGGUCCGCCUGGGAAAGGUGGACGCCACAGAGGAAACCGAACUGGCCCAAGAGUAUGGUGUCCGAGGGUACCCCACCAUCAAGUUCUUUAAGGGUGGAGAGAAGGAGUCACCCAAAGAGUACUCUGCUGGUAGGCAAGCAGAUGACAUUGUCAACUGGCUUAAGAAGCGCACAGGACCCGCCGUCGCCAGUCUGGCUGGAGUCACAGAGGCAGAGUCUCUGAUCGCUGACAAUGAGGUGGCAGUCAUCGGGUUCUUUAAGGAUGCUGAAUCUGAUGGUGCCAAGGCCUUUGAGAAAGCAGCUGAAGCCACUGAUGACAUUCCCUUUGCCAUGACCUCUGAGGAUGCUGUUUAUUCCAAGUUUGAGGUGUCAAAGGACGGUGUUGUUCUCUUCAAGAAGUUUGAUGAAGGCCGUAACACUUUUGAUGGAGAGCUGACCAAAGAGAACCUCCUGAAGUUUGUCAAGUCCAACCAGCUGCCUCUGGUCAUUGAGUUCACAGAGCAGACUGCUCCCAAAAUCUUUGGUGGAGACAUCAAGUCCCACAUCCUCAUGUUCCUGCCCAAAACUGCCAAAGACUUCCAGGACAAAAUGGACGAGUUUAAGAAGGCUUCAGAGGGUUUCAAGGGUCAGAUCCUGUUUAUCUUCAUUGAUAGUGACGUUGACGACAACCAGCGCAUCCUGGAGUUCUUCGGCCUGAAGAAGGAGGAGUGCCCCGCCAUCCGCCUCAUCACCCUGGAGGAUGAAAUGACCAAAUAUAAGCCAGAGAGCGACGACAUCACAGCAGAGAGCAUCACCAAGUUCUGCACAUUGUUUACUGAGGGCAAACUCAAGCCCCACCUCAUGAGUCAGGACAUCCCCGAAGACUGGGACAAAAACCCCGUCAAGGUUUUGGUUGGGAAGAACUUUGAGGAGGUCGCCUUCGACCCAUCAAAGAACGUCUUUAUUGAAUUCUAUGCACCUUGGUGUGGACACUGCAAACAGCUUGCUCCAAUCUGGGACAAGCUGGGAGAGAAAUACAAGGACAGCCCUGACGUCAUCGUGGCAAAGAUGGACUCCACAGCCAAUGAGAUUGAGGCAGUCAAAGUUCACAGCUUCCCUACUCUUAAGUUUUUCCCUGCUAGCGAUGAGCGCAAGGUCAUUGAUUACAAUGGUGAGAGAACAUUGGAGGGCUUUACUAAGUUCCUGGAGAGUGGUGGUAAAGAUGGUGGUGCCCCUGCAGGAGAUGAUGAUGACGAUCUGGAUGCAGAGGAUUUGGAGGAUGGACAGGACGAGGACUCUGAUGGCGAGGAUUACGAUGGACAUGACGAGUUGUAAGAGCUUGCAGAGGAAGGAGAGAGAAAGGAGACGAGUCCUGCCCCAACCUUUCCAACCAGUCACCAUCACCACACUCACUUUUUUGUGGACCUUCCCUGUCCUGUGAACAUUAAUACUUCCCCUUAAACUGCCUUUCAGUCGGUCAGUCAGCCGGCCUGCUAGCCAGCCCAACAGUUAGUCAGUCAUUCUAUCAGUGGCGGAGGUCUUUUUGCUGCCACAUGUCCAACCUCACAACUUUUGGCCAGACUGGUCUUGUCCCACCUGGGGCGACUCUGUGGAACAGCGCGGCACCUCUAUGGGAGACCUCAAUGCCUUCUACAAAGCUCCACAUCAGCUGUUUGCCUUGUAUAUUCGAAACCAAAUGUAAAAAUGGUAUUGAGAUCCAGUUUUCAAAAUGUUUAUGUUCAUUUGAAAAAUCCUUGCAAAUAUCCAAUGUGGGUAAAGUUAACUGUAACCUGUAUAUGUAGGUAAGGGGGGGCUGCCAAUGUUCUUUCCCUCUGAUAGAAUUUCAGAGGACCAGAGUUUUCUGCGGUGGUUUUGUAAGGAUUGAUCUCUCAGGGGACAAGGGGCCAUCCUAUAGAUGUGUUUAUUUUGCAAAGUCUUCACUGAAUUAACCCCACAGAGCUUGUCCUGUGUAGCACAAAGAGCCCCCAUCUGUAGCUGAGACCAAUUAUUUUCUUUCUUUUGGUGGGGGAAAGUCUGCUUUGUUUUCAUUUUUCAUUCCCAUGUAGUUUCUCAUUGCAGUCUCCUUCUUUAGCACGGCUACUGACUAUUUUCUAAAAGGAACAAAAGUCAGCUUUUCUGGGGGAAAUCCUAUUUUAUUUAAUUGCUUUCACUUUGAGUUUAUUUUGUUUUUUAUCGUAGGACUUGUCAUUUUUAACAAUGUACUAUUACGCCCAGCUGUAGCCAGUUGGCGCUGCUGGGGCAGAGUUGGCCCUUGGACACUCUCUCAGACCUGGGAUGGUUUCUGGAGCCAGUACUGAUAGGUCGCACUGCAUUCAUGCCUAAUCAGAGAUUUAUUGGGGUUACUAAAGCAGACAGAGAUUGGUACAGUUUACUGGUCAGGUUGGUCUGAGUGAAGUGUCUAAUAUAUAAGCAGGGAGGGAACCGUUGCACAGCCCCACCCCUCACUCAUACUGUACUUCCUUCAUCCCCUGAGGCUCUACCCAACACCCUUGAUGCCGCAGCAGUGCGUGUGAGUGUGUGUGCUGUGUGAAUGGUGUAAGUGACUUGUUUAUAUGUUCAGGGUAUCCAUGAACAGGAGACUGAAUGUGCUGUUUGGCAGGGCAGGGAGGCUUGAGUAGAGCGAGGAGAUGUUGUACAGCAGUGGGGGGGAAUUGACAAAGCAUUCCAUCAUAUCAAAUUCUAUGUGGAAAAAACGUGAAAUGGUGGCCAAUAAACAAAAUCUUUACAAAAA